AUGCCCAAGCGUUCAAGCGCAGCUGCUACACCUGGCGGUGGUGGCCCGAGUCAGAGAAAAACCGUCACCACACCGGGAUCCCGCUCAGACACGCUCGCCCAUGACCAACUACUUGUCCCCUCCAAAAUGGUAGAGGUGCGGCGCCCAUGGGGUCAUCAACCUAAUCCCCUGCAACCUUCUGUGCCCAGUGCCGCGGAUCAAAAUAGUGGCAGCCAGAUGCUCAAUGCGUGGCUCCUCCAAGACACGGCCGAGGACCCAUUCCAUGCCAUUGCCGCGCUUGUAGUCGGUACAGGGACGGCUACAACGAGCAAGUCGACGGCAAUUUCUCAGACCGCCGACAGUUUAUCCGUAAAUCGAUCGGAGCAGGAAGGGACCGUUGCAACAUGUGGUAGCUGGACCGAAGGCGAUGGCUAG